UCGCACUCAUUUAUAUAAAAAAUAAGUAAAGGAUCUGAAUAUUACAUGUUCUCGAAUAAGAUAUGGACCAGCUUGAAGAUUUUCAAAAAGUUCUCCAGGACUUCAGUCCUCUGCUGAACUCUUAUUGGGCCUACGCCGUUGGUGCUGUUUUGGGAAUACUGACGUUUAUAAGAUCUUACAUGGCUGGUCCUAAUUGUCCAAAUGAAGAGCGUAUCGAUGGCAAAAUCGUCAUUAUAACUGGAUCAUCUAGUGGUAUCGGUAAAGAAACAGCAUUAGAAUUAGCCAGAAGGGGAGGACACAUUAUUUUAGCUGUAAGAAACGAAGAAACAGGAAAAAAAGUGGCUGAGGAAAUAAAUACAAUGCCUGAUGGUAAAGCGGAAGUCAAAUAUUUGAAUCUAUCAUCACUGAAGAGCGUACAGCAAUUUGCUCAAAAGUUAGAAAUUAACGAAGUGGAUAUAUUGGUGAAUAACGCGGGAAUGGUAUUUCAUCCAUAUGAAAAAACCAAGGAAGGUUUUGAGAUGCAUUUCGUUAGCAAUUACCUCGGUCACUUAUUACUGACUCUGUUGCUCUUGCCUAAAUUGAAGGCUGCCAAGCAAGGAAGAAUUAUUAAUGUUGCUGGACAAGCACAUGCAGUAAGUUCAAUACAUUUGGAGGAUAUGAAUUUAGAAAAAGACUACACAGCAAGAGAAGCUUUUGGACAAAGUAAACUUGCCUUGAUUCUUAUGGCGAGACAUAUGAGUCAAAUAUUAAAAGAAACUAAUGUGACAAUUAAUGCUACAAAUCCUGGUCUCGUGAGAGGUACGAAUCACAUGAGACGAUCUCCAAUCAGUUCCACGUACAUAAUUAAAUUGAUAAUGCAACCAUGGAUGUGGCUAUUACUCAAAAAUCCUGCUCAAGGUGCUCAAACAACUGUUUAUGCAGCCGUCACAAAGGAGCUAGAACAUUAUUCGGGAAAAUAUUUCAGUGAUUGUGAAUUAAAGAAACCCUCAGAAAAUGGUACAGAUGAUAUCAUGGCAGAGAAAUUAUAUACUAAAUCUAUAUCUCUAGUCAAAUCUUUUAUGGUGCUUCGUUGUACAGAUUCUACGAGCUAAAUCAAUAAAUUUUUUAAUACUGCCAUUAGAUUGAAAAGCAACAUUAUCAAAUUGUGUGUGCAAUGAUGAAUGAAACAUGAAUUUGAACCAUAAGUUGGAAAUUAUUAAUGUAUGAAUUGAAAUAUACUUUUCAAAGAAAAAUAAGUA